CCCUGAAAGCUGCUGAGAUUGUGUCCGGCUGAUUCCUUUGACAUUUUCUACAAAACUGUUCAGACUGUCUGCAGAGAGGCGUCCACAGCAGCACAGUUUGACAAAAUGAGACUUUCAGCCGUCGUUCUUCUCAUCUCCACCUCCCUGGUGUUGGCCGGGAGCGUUGUCAUAAAGACCAUGGUGUUUCCGACUGAGACAAGUACCAGUUAUGUUGAGCUGGUUCCUCUGAAGCCUCUGGACCUGAGGGCCUUCACUCUGUGCAUGCGUGUGGCCACAGAGCUCAAGGGGCAUCGAGAGGUCAUCCUGUUUGCGUACCGAACUGAAGACCAUGAUGGGCUGAAUGUGUGGCGUGAACUGGACGGCAGACUGUCCUUAUACCUCGCUAGUAGUGGACAGGGUGUUUUGUUUGAGGUGCCCCAGCUCGAGGCUCUGGAAACACACCUGUGUGUCACCUGGGAUUCCAGUUCAGGUGCAGCUGCCCUCUUCAUGAACGGGAGAAAAAGCUUGACCAAAAUUUACAAGAAGGGUCACGCUAUCCACUCCGGUGGCAAGGUCAUCAUCGGACAAGACCCAGACGGUUACUUGGGUAGUUUUGACCAAAAGCAGUGUUUUAUCGGAGAGAUCUCUGAUAUUAACAUGUGGGACUCUGUCCUCUCAGACAGCACCAUCCAAGACAUGUACGCUGGGAAGAGGGUACCAAGAGGAAAUGUCUUUGACUGGGAAAACACUGAGCUUAAAAUUAACGGGAAGGUGGAGGUUAUUACUCGUGAGCUGUAGAUUUAAUGCAGCCACAUCACACCUGUAUGACAUUUCUAAUGAGCAUGAUUUGUUGAGUCUGUGCACCAGUGUCAGUGCCAACAAUGAUAUGAAUUCAUUUCUUACUUCAGGUCAGGGUCUCUGUAAUUCUUUCCAAUCAAAACUUCUAUGGACAAUGUCUGCUGUGCUGAAAUAUAUCACAUGAUAAUGUCAAACUAAGACUGCAUCAUUCACUUCACUGAACACUAAAUAAAGUUGUACUGCAAUA